AAAUGUUUUACAAUGAAGUACAAUCAAUAUCUCAUUCAAGUGAUCAAAUAGUUUUAAACAAAAUAACAUUUUCAGUAAAUAAUCAGCAGUUUUGCAUUAAAUAUAAUGAUAAUCAGCAAAAUGAAAACUUAAAAAAGCUAGCUAUUGUAUAUGCAAUGGAUGAACAACAUAUCUCUCGUGAUGCAUAUUGGGCUAUUACAAGAAUUAAACAAGAUUUACCUAAAGAAUGGGUGAUUUCUAGAAUGAAACAAUGGAUUGAUAGUCAAGUACAAUAA